CAUGGCGGCCGCUCCUCUAUGUCGCACACACACUUUACACUCAUGGUGCUCACUAGUGUCACCGUCACUAGUCUCAACGUCACUGUGACGUCACAGCACACAGCAGACGUGGUCAAUGUGCGACAAACACGAUCUGACCUCAUGUGGGAUUUUAUUUGCUCGAAGAAGAACCAGCGCUGCUGCGGUGCAUUGUGGGUGUGUCCCACCUGGACGAAGGGGCCCACUUCCUGCUGGGGGCGGGACAUGUGCGUGCUUGUCUCGGGUCUUUAAAUAGCAGCGCGGCUCAGAUGCUAACCUUCACUGCUGCUGCUGGAGAACAUCAUCAUGAAGCUUCUCAAGAUGCUAACCUUCACAUUGGCGGCCACCAUCUACCUGCUAACUCACAGUGCUGAGGGCGUGGUCGUCUACGCCUGUCAUAACGACACAGCGGUGAUGUCAUGUGAGGUGGGCAGCAAGAUGCAGCUGCAUCACAUCCUGUACAAAGUGGGCGUGGGCACCCGCUGUGGCGAGGGCAAGCGUCACCCUGACGACGGGCCUGACACCUUCUGCUCCUUCCCCUGGGCGGACAUGGUGGUGGAGGACCUGUAAGAGUGGGCGGGGCCUUUGCCCGACAGGAAGUGCUGCUGACGUGUGUGUGUGUGUGUGUGUGUGUGUGUGUGUGUUGCAGAGGUGGGCAGCAAGAUGCAGCUGCAUCACAUCCUGUACAAAGUGGGCGUGGGCACCCGCUGUGGCGAGGGCAAGCGUCACCCUGACGACGGGCCUGACACCUUCUGCUCCUUCCCCUGGGCGGACAUGGUGGUGGAGGACCUGUGUGGCAACAGGCGCACAUGUGAGGUUCCUGUCACUGAGGUGGUGUUUGGAGAAUAUCCCUGCAAGGAGACCACCCGCUACCUGGAGGUCUCUUACACCUGUGUCCUACCCAGCAGCCCACCUGACCCCGCCCCCGCCCCCGCCAAGGCUGACUGUGACAUCAAAGAGGAGACCCGCGUGUGAACUUCCUGUUGAUGAUACAACAAUAAAAGUUCUUUCUCUCA